AUGGGCUCAAUCGCGACAACGAGCAAGUCAUUCCCUGGCGGAAUUCACGUUCCCUCCCUGACUUGGUUUGCCAAUGAUGCCAACCAAGAGAUCGACUGGGACGUUCAGAAGAAGCACAUCGAGUUCUUGAUAACCUCUGGUCUAGACGGAAUCGUUAUUGCUGGAACAAACGGAGAGGCCGUCACACUCUCGGCCGCCGAAAAGUCACAGCUCGUCCGAACCACUCGAGAGAUUGCAGUCUCCCUCGGCCGUCCCGAUAUCACAAUCACAUUGGGUACCUCAUCACAAACCACACGAGAUGCCAUUAACGAGACAAAGCUCGCCAAGGAAGCUGGCGCUGACUUUGUUCUCGUUCUCACUCCCAGCUACUUCCACUUCGCCAUGACACAAGAUGCCAUCGUGGCUUUCUUUGAGGAGCUUGCCGAAGCGAGCCCUGUUCCCGUUGUUAUCUACAACUUCCCUGGCGUUGUCGCUGGCCUUGACGUCAACUCGGAGAUGCUCGAGCGCCUGGGUCAGCACCCCAACAUUGUCGGCGUGAAGUUGACAUGUGGUGGUAUCGCUAAGGUUGCCCGCAUUGCAGCUCAGUUUAAGCCUGAAGAGUUCUUUGCUCUCGCUGGACAGAGCGACUGGCUCGUUCCCGCUCUCUCUGUCGGAGGCACAGGCACCAUCACCGGUGUCGCAAACUUGUAUCCCAAGACCUGUCUGCAGAUCUACGAUUUGUACAAGGCUGGCAAGACAAAAGAGGCUGAAGCCGCACAGCUUGAGCUGGCAAAGAUGGAAUGGGGAUUUGCUAAGGGUGGUAUCAACGGUACCAAGUGGGUUGUUGCUAAGCUCCACGGAUAUCCUCUGGAGAGCUGCCAUUGCAGACGGCCUUAUCCCAAGUAUAGCGACGAGAGUAAGCAGGAGUGGAUUUACAAGGUUGUUGAGCCUCUGUCGGCUGUUGAGAAGGGUCUUGGUAAGAGGGCAGAGAAUAUCUAG